AUGCCUAAAUUCAUUAUUAACACAAACGUGAGCAAGGAUAAAGUGCCAGAUUGCUUAAUAGAAGAGCUCACCCAGCAACUGCCAAAAGCACUGGGCAAACCGGCACAGUACCUAGCGCUACAGAUCUCUACUGAUCAGCUGCUGUCCUUCCAUGGCUCCAAAGACCCCUGCGCCAUGUGCUUUCUCUACAGCAUUGGCAAGAUAGGAGACCAGGAGAACAAGGACUAUUCCAAGCUGCUGUGUGAUCUGAUGAACAAACAUCUGAAAAUACCUGCAGACAGAAUCUACAUCAGCUACUUUGAUAUGAGUGCUGCCAACGUAGGCUGGAACCGUACCACCUUUGCUUAAGGCCUAUGUAAAGUAACAGGUUAUUCAUGGAUCAGAAUUUUACUGAGUUAAAUGAUUAGUGCUCACCAUGGUUCCAGUCAUACUUUCUGCAUUGUGUGCGCAAAUUCAAGUAGCAUGCUUGCCUGUUGCUGCUUUAA